GUUACUGGUUACUGGUUACUGGUUACUGGCAGUUACUGGUUACAUGUACUGCUCAGUUCAGCUCGGUUCUUCAGGUCCAUUCAGGUCCGUGGUCGGAACGUCUCGAAACGUUACGAUGCACGGUCCCAAGAAUCGUACCAUUGAAUGAACGUGUUUCGUUGUGAAAUAUUGCGUGUCGCCACUUAUAUUCCGGCGUGAGUCGGUGCAUCCUUUUUUUCUUUUUAUUUGAAAAAGACUCGUGAAUAUGAUCUUGCAGUUUGCACUUCCCUCGCUCGAGUGGCCACAGUCGGGUCGUACGGUCUGCUAGAAACUAACAUGCUCGUGAUAUUAAAGAUCCUCGAAAUUCUGUCAAAUCUAAAUCUUUGGCAGUACGGGAAGCUACUCGUGCGGGCUAUUUAAUCAGGUUGAAUAAUGAGAAUCAACGCAACGAAAAUGAGCACUCCGAUCGAGGAGAAGAUUGAUCAGAAGCUGAAGGUGAGGACUGGGAUGGUAAGCGUUAGUGAUGGAAAAAGUAAACCCAUACCAAUGCGUUUGCAAUUAUCUAUGGAAGUAUUGAAACUUCAAAGAGAAGACUUAGAGCAGGCAGCGAAUCACAAUAAGCCACCAUUGGAUGCCAAAGAGCGAAUGGUGCAAAUUACUAGACAAAAGGUUGGAGGAUUAGGAUUGAGUAUAAAAGGCGGAGCAGAACAUAAACUUCCUGUGCUUAUAUCUAGAAUAUAUAAAGGCCAAGCUGCUGAUCAAUGUGGCCAACUAUUUGUAGGGGAUGCAAUUAUUAAAGUGAACGGAGAAUACAUAACUGCAUGUAACCAUGAUGAUGCUGUAAACAUCUUAAGGAAUGCUGGUGACAUAGUUGUUUUAACAGUCAAACAUUAUCGAGCAGCUAAACCAUUUCUACAAAAAAAUGAAAAAGAGGAAAAAUUGGAUAAUGUUGCGAAUGGCGGUUCAGACGACGAAUGGUUAUCGUCUAAUAGACAAGGGGGUAGUCCUAGAUGCGGCCACAGUCGACAAAGCUCGAACGCAUCCGUCGUUUCGAUACAGUGCAAAAAAUGGGUGGAUGUUAUAACAGUUCCGCUAAUGAUGGCAUACGUAACAAGAUACAUCUUUGGAACGGACAAAUUAAGAAGAAAUGCGUUCGAAGUAAGAGGGUUGAAUGGUGCGCGUACUGGCGUUAUACACUGCGAUGAUAGUGCCAUUCUGAGUCAAUGGUUAAAGUAUAUUACUGAUAAUAUCACGGGCUUAACACAUCUGCAGAUGAAAUUGUACAACCGCAAUUUCGGAGUGGGUGAACGUAUCGAGUACAUGGGUUGGGUAAACGAAGCAGUAAGCAAUAGUAAUCAACCAUGGCAAAGUUACAGGCCAAGAUUUUUAGCUCUAAAAGGGCCUGAUUUGUUGUUAUUCGAAACACCUCCUUGCAAUAUAGGAGAUUGGUCGCGAUGCGCAUUGACUUUCAAAGUGUAUCAAACUAUGUUCCGCGUGAUGCGAGAAUCCGAAAAUGUAGACGAGAGACAACAUUGUUUUCUAGCACAAAGUCCAGGUAAACCUCCACGAUAUCUCAGCGUUGAAACAAGACAAGAACUCUUAAGAGUCGAGGCAGCAUGGCAUACUGCGGUUUGUUCAGCUGUUACACAUUUAAAAAGUAAAACAUUUCCUGUCACUUUUAACGGAAGAAGUGCUGGAUUAACAUUAGAAUGGACUCAAGGGUUCACUCUUUCUUACGAAGAUAUCGGAGAGAUCGUGUGGCGUUAUAAAUUCUCUCAAUUGAGAGGAUCCAGCGACGAUGGAAAGAGCAGACUGAAGUUACACUUUCAAGAACCUGACAGCAUCGCAAUCGAGACAAAGGAAUUGGAAUGUUCUCAGCUACAGAAUCUACUGUUCUGUAUGCAUGCAUUUUUGACUGCAAAAGUUGCCGCAGUUGAUCCAACCUUUUUAAAAUCAACAACUCCAUAAGAUUAAAGUAAGUAAUAUUGCCAAUAAAUAAGAAAAUGAAUCACUGUUCAACAUUCAUAUAUUUACAUAGGCGUACAGAAAUACUUAUGGUUAUUGAAUUAAAACAAAGUUCAUGUCAAAUACUAGUCAAUUUCCAAGAAGGAAUGUCUUUAUAAGUUCUGAGAGAUUAUAUAAAUUUUUUACUUUAAUGCUUCCAAUUUAUUUACAAGGAAUAUCGAUGGAUUAUUAUGUAGUUGGUAAUGCUAAUUGCUAGAAGUCAUUUUAUUUAUAUAUACUGUUAUGUACCUUGCUAUUGAUUAAGCACUGCUAUUUAUUUUUUUACACUGAAUAAAUUAGACGUUUUUAGAACAUUUAUAUUUCAAUGCAAGAUUUCAAGCUGACUAUAAAACAUAAACGCAACUGCUUUAAUUUUAAAAGCAUUGUUUUAUAUAAUAUUUGUUUUUAUAUGAAAAAAUAAUUAUUUGCAUUUAUUAUGUAAAAAAAAAAAACAAACGUUAUGUCAAAAAUUUAAAAAUUCUUAAUGCGCUCGUUCAUGAUUUUUAAGUUCCAACGAUAAGGCAAUAUUCUUUAAGCACUGAUUCACACAUUCAUGUGUUGAGUUACCUUUCGCGUAUAUGUGGUGCCUUAAAAACCAUGAACAAGGUGUAAUUAAUAAUAAGUUAAAAAGAGUCAUCGAAGUUGUAUAGUCCUUUAGAACAGCAAGUUUUAUGCAUCUAAUGCCAACAAAUGUACGAUUUACGAGGAAACUUUAUCUUGUGUUAGAUACAGAAAUAUGAGAUUAUAUUAGUCUAACGUUAAUUUUAAAUCAGUAUUAAUUAAUUGAAACAAAAUCGUGGUGUAACAACCUAAUAGCAAUAAGUAGUAACAUUAGACCAUGGUGGCCAUCUAUGAGAAAAUUUAUUUAUUAAUAUAUAAAUAAUGAGAGCUAGAUCACAGGGAGCAAACAUAUGAAUCAUUGGGGCUUGUUAUUAGACAAGCUUUAUAAAUAAUUGAAUUGUCAAUCUUUUUAAUGAAAUUUAGCAGUGCAUUUUAAAAGAAAUUCCUGUUUAUAUUUAUAACAAUAAGUUAGAAACAGAUUCUAAAUUAUACAUUCUAAGAUUCACUUACAUAUUCCAAUUGUUUUUUAGUACAAAAGAAUUCUAAUGUACAAAAGUCCGUUGUAUUGUGUUAUGGAAAUUUAUUCUUCUCUAUGUCUCUAUCAUCUUUAAAAGUUCAAACGUUACUAAUUACACAAAGUAACUUUCAGAACAAAUAUCACACUCUGUGCAAUUAACCUAUCAAUUUAUAAUUCUAUUUAGAGCAAUAAAUGUACAUUGAAUCAAGAAACAAACCAAAUGCCGUUUAGUACACAAACUGCACUUUGUAUUAAUCACAAUACACGAUUUCUAUCGUUAGGAUAUUGUAAGAAUUUUAUGAUAACCAUCAGAGAAAGUAAUAAAACUGUACAUGUUUACAGUUGCAUAGAUCGAUACACUUUAUUCGUUGAUCAAUAAUUUAACAUUGUCAGCCCGUAAUUUAUUGCGACAAAAUGUAUUAUUUGUAUGCAUUAUGUGAAAAUAGUUUUUAAUGAUAAGGAGAUUCUCAGAGGUUUAAUUUUCAUUGCACAUUUUAAGGGUCUCCAGUUACUCGUAGAAAGUGCCUAAACAAAUAUAUAUAAUACAAUAGGAAUUAUGAAAACAAAUUUGUUUUCAUGUAUAAUGUAAUUAAUUUCAACCGUUUUAUUCUCUUAGACUAAAGUAUAAGGCUGUUACCAUGGUCAGAAUUUUGAAUACUAUUGUAAUUUAAUUAUCACCGAAAGGCACUCUAGGAAAUAAACAUCGCUUUAUUGUACUACAAUAUUUUAUAGUAUUCUGUGUAAUAUAAUGUGUUUUUAUGUUCUUUGUUCAGAACAUUAUCACAUACGUAUAGUAACACCGAAUGAUAAUGCAGUUAGAAGUUAAGCGAAACUCAUUACUGAAUUUAAUUACAGAUGCAUUGCGGUGAGUUUUUAUAAAGUUUAAUGCUGUUAGCAAAAGGUAAAAUAGUUCAGAAUGCAAAUACAGGGAAAAAAUACUGUUUGUAGACAUAUCCACUUGUUAGAUUUGCAAUUCAUAAAAGUGUAAUAUCCGAGAACGUAUAAGUAAUUCCAAUACAAGCUAAUAUAUCCAGAAAGCAAUUGUAACUGUGUGUUAUAUUUAUUAAGUACAAGAUACGUUACGAUAUUCUGUAACGACAUUGCUGUUUUCUAUUAUACAUGUACAUCGCAUGCAUUCUAUAGUUAAAUUUAGAUUACAAUAAAGAACUGCACAAUUACAUUGUAUAGAUAAAAUAAGCAAGAGAACGUGAAACUGAUCUGCAAAAGUUCAAUAUAACGCUAUGCAUAGAUAUUUCGUUGACAUUUAUCGUUUCUUUCAAGACUAAUUUGUAACAUACAAUAUUUAAAUUUAUCCUAAGUUACACGACAGUGUCAAUGUACAUAAGAAAACACGGCCAUACAUUUUCUAAAUAUUAAGCUUUAAGUUUGA